AUGGUCAACGGAAAUUAUGUGCUGUAUGGUGACAGACCGGUCUCUGAAUCGGAGAUCGUAGAUGAUCACGUACAUUCAAGAACUGUUGAACGUAAAACCAGGCGUAAGCCCAACAGGAAUGCUAAUGAUCUCCAUAUUUCUCUAAACGCCAAACCAUUAGAUAACGAGACUGAUUCAAUUAAAUAUGAGAAGAGGAUUAAAGAACCGAAGCUACUCCGUUACGUUCCCACUACAGAUGUUGAAGAAAAUUAUGUAUCCGAAAAAUUCGAAACGUAUGACCUGAAACCAGCCAAAGAAGAACGCCCCAGGCGGUAUGCUUUUACAAAAAAACCUAAAAAUCCAGCGGAUGGAUCUAUUAAUUAUGCAUAUUCAAGAUCAAGUAGUAGUUGCAGUUCUCCUAACGGCAAUUUGCCGACGAUAUCAGAACAUGGUGAACAAUACGGCACAUACAGAGUUCGUUCAGUACCAAGCCAAGAAACCAAUGAAAUCAUUACAAACUAUGAAAAUAAACUUGAUAAAUAUUUCUCUAAGCCGAAAGAAGUAAAGAAAUUUGCUGCAAAGGGAUCUCAUCCCGACAGUCUCUACAGAGUACCUGUGGAUAGUGGUACGGGAGCAAGCAAAAUGAACCGCGCCUUCCGUGUGCUGAGAUGGCCAGUCGCCCUCAUCGUCGUGUGCGUCGCUUUAGCUGUCUUCGUCUACUUUCUUAUGCCUGAUUCCAUGGAUUCAGACGUGAACACGAUCAAUGGGACCUACUGGGAACCAGUCGUAGGAGAGGCGGUAAAGGAAAGUAAUUCAGUAAAAUCUGAACAUAAACCUCCAGAACCAAUUCAUACUCCGAAGAAGAAAGAAAACGCAGGAAAGCAUGGUACAAAACCAUCAGAAAUCGAUUUCUACGAUGCAGAAAAUAAUAAUAGCGAUUUAACACCUAAUAUAGAUACAAACACGACGCCAGUUCCGACAAGGAAAUUACCUAUUCCUCCAGUAUUUCCUAGUCAUAUAACACCGGAGGUACAGUACGGCAAUGAAAGGGCCGACACCGAGAAACUAAGGACGUCUAAAUUAUUAGAAGAAUCAAAUAAACUACCAGAGGAUUCUACUCUUAAACCCCAUAUUACACAGAAACCUGAGAAACCUUUGGCUAUUUAUUUUAAAGAAGGAACUGCAGUUAGUAGCGCUAACACAGAAACUAUAUUUAAAGCAGAGACUAUUAAUGAUUUCUCGAAUUAUGGAGAAAAAUAUUCUACAAGGACUAUUGAAUCACCAGUAAAACCUUACGUGCCUUUUAAUAAAGAACCAAUUAUUGUGAGCGUACCAGAACAGGUUGAAAAACAAGUAAAUGUUCAACAAGAAUAUACUAGAAAACCUGAAAUCCCGAUAGAAGUUCAAGAGUUUUAUAGCCGACAACCAACAAAUUUAGACGUCAAUUUCACAUCAGGUCAUUCUAAACUUUUUGGUAUCUCCAUUGAAGAUGCAGAAAAAAUGAAAUCCACUACACAGAGCUCCCUUUACAAUACCAGAGUUUCACCCACACUCCCAACAUGGCGAGAUAAAGACGACGCUACUACAAAAAAGUAUCCAGUAAAUAUCAACGCCGAUGUACAAUGUCGUUCUACUCGCCUGGCGUUGUGUCGCGGUGUGCUGCCCUACGACUUAGCUGGAGCUGCUUUAAGUUUUAAAGGAGUGGAUAUAUCGACACUGAUACCUCAGAUUGAGUAUUUGGUAGCUACGAAUUGUAGUGACCGUGUGAGGCAAUUCACAUGUGCCUUACUUGAGCCCGAGUGUAACCCGCCACCAUAUCCCGCAAAGAUGCCUUGCUACAAUCUUUGUAAAGCAAUUGUUGACAAUUGUGAUGGACAAAUCCCCGGUGAUUUGGUAGCCGCAUUUAACUGCAACCAGUAUUCAACGAACAACUGCGUAGCUGCAAAAACCCCUUGCUUUCCUCGUGAGUUCAGCUGCGGAGAUGGUACAUGCGUGCCAAGAGAUUGGAUCUGUGAUGGAACUGCAGACUGCCCUUCUGGAGAAGACGAAUCCACUUGUGUAUUGUGUGACGCCAAUGAAUUCCGCUGUCGUUCGGGAGGCUGUAUUCUGAAACGUUGGUUAUGUGAUGGUUAUGCGGACUGUCCGGAUGGUGAAGAUGAAUCGGAAGACUUGUGCGAGUCGCGUUCAGGGCGAGCGGAGCAGGGUGAGGAGUCAGCAGGAUCUGCGCCAGCACCAGCUGUUCACAGACCUUACAGAUUACCUCCUCAAGGCAGCGCAUAUUUACAUAGAACAGGUGAAAAUGACAGCAGCAAGGAAUUGCUCAUCACCAGCGAUAGUACCAAUGCCCUGAAAAGGAACUUCACUCGACGGCCAUCACCGUCACGUCUAACACCAUAUACAAGACCAGGGCUCCGAGCACCAUCGAUAAACAAACCAGUUGAUGAAAACGAAACUCCACCAGUACCAAGAAAAUUUCCCAAUUCCGAAAAAUCUAAUAUUGUAGAUAAACGAAAAUCUAAAUCUGAAGUAGAACUAGAAUCAGGUGAAGAUGUGAAUGUCGAUGAUAUUUUUGCAGAGUUUGAUAAGGAGCCGAAAUUUCCUAACAAAAAGUUAAUUAAUAAGACACCAUUCAACAUGCAGAGAGGAUCUCUCCGUGGUGCUCCACCUCCGCCAGUAGAGGAGCAUGCGAUGAUGUCACAUGUUGAUAAGUCGAACAAUAAGUUCGAAAGGGUCAUCAAUGAUGAUGCAAUGUUGAACGAUGAAGCUCAAGACAAUGCAGCACCAACUAUACCUAAAAUGAGACCCACGCGCCUUGAUAAAUCGAUUAACAAGUUGGAAAGAGUAAUAAAUGGAGCUGCAAUGUUGAAGAAAGCACAAGAAGAAAAGGACGAGUCGGUUGAAAGGAACAGUACCGUCACUAAAAGUGAUGAAGAAGAGUUUACAGGAGGGAAUCCGGGCUCGAUGAGUGCACACGCGUCGCCCUGCCCCAGCGGGGAAUUGCGUUGCGUCGACGGCAGGUGCAUCACUCUCGCGCAGCUGUGUGACGGUACCAUCGACUGUUCAGACCACGCCGAUGAAGACAACUGUUACACGUGACCACCUCGACCACACGUGACGACGCAUCGUCAUUUCAGGUCUCAUUUUUUGUAAGUAUAUGGCGUUUAGAAAUCUACUAAAAUGAAAAUACAUUUUGUUAAAACUGAUCAUCGGACGCUAAACACGACAAUUUUUUGACAAACAAACAAUAACGAGUUUUUGUAUAGACUUAUUACCUUGGUUUAUGAAAAAACUGUAAAUGCGUUUUAUGCUAUUUUAAGAAAAAAAUGUUUAUGUACGGAAUUUUUAUUUUAUAGAGGAUAAAUAUAGAGUCCUUCAUUGAAAAAUAGAAGCUACUUGUAUAAUAAACUAUUGAAAACUAUUUACGUAAUAUUUUUAAACACCUUAUCUUUGUAAUCAAUUUAUAUUAGACUGCUAGCCUAACCACUUUAUGAGACUUAAAGCGAAUAUUUAUUAUUAUAUUUUCAUAUAGGAAGUUAAUUCAGUGCUGCCAAUUAAAUAUG